AUUCCGAACGGCACUGCAAGUCCUUAAGUCGUCGGCCCAGCCGUCUGUCGUUUCACUCUGUUCCAUCUCUCCGCACGACUACGACUUGCAUAAUGUUUUUGUUACGCCAAUUGGCCUCGGUCGCUCUCUUCACCGCAAGCGUGUGUGCGGUAUGGCCUCUGCCAUCGAACUACACCCAUGGCGAAGAAGUGCUUUGGAUACAGCAAGGUCAGAUCGACUUCUCGUUCAAUGGGCAGGGAAACAAUCCUAGUGGAGACUACAACGGAACGUCCUCUUCUCAGAUCGUUGCCAACGCCAUCGAGCGAACGAAAGACAAUCUUUUCGCAAAGAACUUCGUCCCGUGGCGAUUCCGACCUCGCUUGUCGAACUUCGAGCCAACCUUGGGCUCAGACUCAACUUACAUCACCACGGUGUCCCUUGUGCAGACCGAGGCGGAUCCCUCCAAUGUCGGCAAGCCCGAGAGCGAUGUCGACGAAUCGUACAGUCUCUCCAUGGAAGCGAGCGGCAAAGUGACCGUCACUGCGAAGACUUCCAUCGGCCUGCUAUACGGACUGACAACUUUCUCCCAACUGUUCUACAAGCACUCCACCAACGGCCAAGUCUACACACAACUGGCUCCAGUCACGAUCACUGACUCGCCCAAGUUCAAGUGGAGAGGCCUGAACGUCGACACCUCCCGCUCAUACAAGACGCUCGAAGACCUGUACCGCAUGAUCGACGCACUCUCCUUCAACAAGAUGAACCGCCUGCACUGGCACAUUACCGAUUCACAGUCCUGGCCACUCGAGAUCCCUUCCUUGCCAGAAGUGGCUGACAAAGGAGUCUACGUGAACUUCCAGCGCUACACACCUCAAGACGUGCAAAAUGUCCAGCAAUACGGCGCCCUUCACGGUGUCGAAGUCGCCAUCGAGAUUGAUAACCCUGGCCACACCGCUUCGAUCGCCCUUUCCCAUCCGGAAUUGAUCGCAGCGUUCAACGUCCAGCCCAAAUGGACAACCUACUGCGCCCAGCCUCCCUGCGGAACACUCAAGCUCAACUCCACUGGCGUGUACGACUUCCUCCAAAAGCUCUUCGACGAUCUGCUUCCCCGUGUAAAGCCGUACAGCAGCUACUUCCAUCUUGGCGGCGAUGAAGUCAACAAGAACUCGUACAACCUCGACGACACAGUCGGAAGCAACGAAUCCGCAGUCCUGCAGCCGCUGAUGCAGAAGUACAUGGACCGCAACAUGAAGCAGGUCGAGUCUUACGGCUUGGUGCCGCUCGUGUGGGAGGAGAUGUUGCUGGAGUGGAACUUGACGCUACCCAAGGACACCAUCGUUCAGACUUGGCAGAGCGAUGCGGCGGUCGCUCAGACCGUGGCCAAGGGAUACCGCGCGCUGGCUGGUAACUACAACUACUGGUACCUGGACUGUGGUCGCGGCCAGUUCUUGGACUUCUAUCCUUCCAACGCGGCUGGGUUCUUCCCGUUCUCGGACUACUGUGCGCCCCUCCACAACUGGCGUGCGAUGUACGCGUACGAUCCACUCACUGGCGUGCCGGAGAAUUCGACGCAUUUGGUGCUGGGAGGAGAGGUGCACAUCUGGUCCGAGCAGACAGAUUCCGCCAACCUUGAUUCCAUGGUCUGGCCGCGUGCUGCCGCGGCCGGUGAAGUUCUUUGGAGUGGUGCGAAGGACGCCUCGGGUCAGAACCGCUCGCAGGUCGAGGCUUCUCCCAGAUUCGCGGAGAUGAGGGAGCGCUUGGUCGCGAGAGGCAUCAGGGCGGACACGUCGUUCCAGCCGUUCUGCACGCAGAAUGGCACGCAGUGUGCGUAUCCCGAAGCCUAG